AUGAAUAGACUCGUAAACGAAAAACGAGUGAGGGUACUCAAAGAGGGGAAGGUGGGCACCGGACCGGUGAUAUACUGGUGUAGCCGAGAUCAGCGAGUCCGGGACAAUUGGGCGCUGAUUUAUGCGUGCGAAACUGCAAAUGAAACAGGCGCUCCCGUUGUCGUCGUGUUCAGCCUUGUCACAAGAUUUUUAGGGGCGGGAGCCAGGCAGUUUUGCUUUAUGCUGAAGGGUUUGCGCGAGAUGGAACAGGCUUUGCUUGCCAAGAAUAUCAAAUUCGUCCUCCUCGAAGGCGACCCCUCUCUUACGGUUCCGCGUUUCGCCAAGGAGUGCGGCGCGAGUCUUAUUGUCGCCGACCAGUCACCGCUGAGACUGGGAAGGACUUGGAGGGUUGCGAUUGCAAGUUCUGUGGAUUGCCCGUUGCACGAAGUCGAUGCCCACAAUGUUGUCCCAGUGUGGGAAGCGAGCCAAAAGCUCGAAGUUGGUGCUCGAACUCUUCGAGGAAAGCUAGCUAAACUGUAUCCCGAAUUUCUUGUGGAAUUCCCGGAAACUCCGGUUGUCAAGGAAACUUGGCCCUGCGCGGCUGCUGCGGCACUCCCAACAAUCGGCAUUGAUUGGGAAGCGCUCAUCGUCAGGGCUCGUAAUGACGGAGCAGCCGUUCCGGAGGUCACCUGGGCUGUUCCAGGCGAGUUUGCUGCGCACGCUACGCUAGAGCAUUUCCUCACUCGUCGUCUGAAGUACUACGAGCAUCGGAACGAUCCGGCUAAGCCCCAAGCGCUUUCUGGUCUAUCUCCAUAUCUGCACUUUGGGCAAAUAUCCGCCCAGCGCUGCGCCCUUGAAGCUCGGCGAUAUGCUAAGUCUUCAAACAAGGCUGUGGAUGUUUUCUUAGAAGAGCUGAUUGUGCGUCGUGAGCUUGCGGACAACUUUUGUUGGUAUAGCCCAAAAUAUGACACUAUCGAGGGGCAAAAAUAUGAGUGGGCAAAAGAAACAGUGAGAGAACACUCUAAGGACAAACGCGCAUACCUGUAUUCGCUGCAGCAAUUUGAAAAUGGAGAGACUCAUGAUGAUCUAUGGAACGCAGCACAGUUGGAAAUGGUGCACGGCGGCAAGAUGCACGGUUUUAUGCGCAUGUAUUGGGCAAAGAAGAUCAUGGAAUGGACAGAAUCUCCAGAUCAAGCUCUCGAGUUCGCCAUUCAUCUCAACGACAAAUAUCAGCUGGAUGGUCGUGACCCUUCAGGAUAUGUGGGUUGCAUGUGGUCGAUCGUGGGAGUCCAUGACCAAGGCUGGUCAGAGCGCCCAAUAUUUGGAAAGAUACGUUAUAUGGCUUACAGUGGAUGCGUAAAAAAGUUCAAGGUACAAGACUACAUUAAGCGCGUCGACGAGCUGGUAACAGCUGUUAAAGCGGGUGAAAAGGACACCGCGGUCGUCAAUCCUGGUCGAUUCCAUAUUGAAGUCUCACGCAGUCUUGACUGUGAUUCUCUCGCUGUGACAGGCUCGCGCGUUUGCUCCGAAGAUGAACUGCAGCGUUUUGUGCGCGUUGCCUCGGCAAAUGCCAGGUCGGACACAACCCGAAGUCUUGAAGCACUUCGCGCUUUGAAAAGCGUCGAUAUUACGGCUGAGACUCUCAUCAAAACUGGUGUUGGUAAGGAAUUGAAAAAAUUAUCGAAACAGAGAGAAAACCCGAGCGUGUCUUCUGCUGCUGCUGCCAUCGUUCAAGCCUGGCAGAAGUUGUUGUUACCUUAG